GAUCUAAAUCCAACGUAAACACUUCGUGAAACGAAAAAUGUCGAAGCAAUUUGUUGGAUUUUCUGACGAUGAUAUUUAUAAAAUUACACGUCAGACCAACGGAAAAGAUGCCGUUAAAAACCUAUCGCGUCCGCAUCAAAAACCAGUUCGGUUAAGCGAGAAAGCAGCAGCCGCUGCCAAAAAAGCUACUCCGAAAGAGCAUGUGCAAAUGAAUGUUGCCGACUGUAGUACUGCCACCAGUUGCGUCGAUUCCAGCAUCUAUCCAAACCAUCCAAUUCAACAGGCGGUUGCCUUUAAACCUCUGCCUGUAAUGAUGAAUGCACCGGAAGAUGAAUCUAUUCUUGUAUUACCUAAGCAGUCAGUUAUACCUGCCAGUACACCUUCCGUUAACGGCCCUGAAAAUGUACAAACCGUGCUUGGUGGUCUUGCAACACCAACGCAAGGGGGAAUGUUAGCAAUUUCGGAAACGGUGACUCCUUUCAAAGGAAUGUCCCUGAAAGAUUUUGAACAUCAGAGAAGACUCAUGCAGGAGCAAAAUCAACAGAAACGGCAAAUGCUUCAGAAGGCGAUCGAUCAAUAUGCACAAAAAACGGCUGCCGAAGCAACGAAAUUGCAAGAGAUUAAAGCAGAACUCGGAAAGCUAGACUCUGAGUUGGCUUCCGAUGUGGCAAUCCUAAGAAAACAAAUCGAUGCUGCCAGUCUACACUUCUCCAACGUUGAGAAAAAUUACCUCAACAUUGAGAACCUCUUCCUGAAGGCAAAAGUCGACCUUCACCAAGCGCUUGAACGCAAAGAGAUGCUAACGGAGCACCUUUGUACUAUCAUUUCGCACAAUGAGGAGCGUAAGGCAAAGCGGCUUUCCGAACUGAUGGAGAAGGUGGGGCUUUCGGUAAACGGAGACAUCGAUGACACUAUCAAUUCCGACGGUUCCUCUUCGAUGGUUUCGUCAACAGUCGAUAGCACGUCCAAAUAGUACAAGCUACUCUGCAGAAUGGCCGGAAACAAUUACGUACUAAUUUGAUAUUGAUGCAACAGAAAUAACCAAAAAACAAACUAUUACAGUUUUAUGUUGGGUCUUGCAAUGAUCACUUUUUUUAAUAUUCUAGCUUUGUUACACAAUAACGGAUAAAUGUGAUUUUAGUAACGAAUAUUUACAUCUUGCAAAAUACUACUUUUACUACCUAACUGAUAUAUGACUUCUCAACUAUACGUAUAAGCUGUUCAUAAACGGUGCCUUAUGGUUGGUGCUGAUUAAUAUAAAUCUAUUAACUGUAGCUUAGUAAUCACUUCCGGGACAGCCCACGAAGCAAAAGGACAAUAAUAGCGUUUUUAAUAGGCCACAAAGUAUUUUAAUGCAUUUUAUAUAAUUAUCGAAUAAAAUUUUACAAUUUAUACAUUUAUAUUUUCCAAAUAAAUGACGUAAAUCAU